AUGGCGGAAGCACACGAAAAUGGCUCCCGGCCCCUUGACGAUUGGCCGUCACCCUACUACCUCGAGAACGGGCUACGGCGAGUGGCCCCCUACCACUUCACGUACAAUACCUGGUGCAAGGAGCGGUGGAGGGGUAGGAGGCUGAUAGACGUGUUUGAGAGUGAAUUUCGAGAUCGGCCGCUAGCGUACUACAAGAAUGCUAUGGAGACGGGUAAGAUAUGCGUCAACGGGAAACCCGCUGGCCCGGACCACAUCCUCAGGAACGGGGAGUUGGUCUCGCAUACGAUACAUCGGCACGAGCCGCCCGUCGCGGCCGACCCAAUACAGAUAUUACACGAAGAUGAAGACAUUUACGUGAUAAACAAACCCUCUGGCAUACCGGUCCAUCCGGCAGGGAGGUAUAAUUUUAACUCGGUUAUCGAAAUUAUGAAGGCCCAGAGGAGCCCCGACUGGAUAGCGUACACUUGCAAUAGGCUCGAUAGACUAACCAGCGGCAUCAUGUUUGUCGCGAAAACCCCCAAGGCGGCAGACCGGCUCAGCAUUCAGAUCAAGCAGAGGAGUGUGCGGAAAGAGUACAUCGCUCGUGUUAUUGGCAACUUUCCCGACGGAGAAGUGGUGUGUAAUCAACCCUUACUCCAGAUAUCCCCCAAACUCGGCCUGAACCGAGUACGCGCGAACGGGAAGACGGCGCGGACGGUAUUCAAGAAGCUUGCCUAUUAUCCCCCGUGCGAGUCCCGCCAGAAACAGGACGAGAAGACCCCUCUGGCGCUCGGCGAGGCCCCCGAGGAAAAGGUCAGGUCGUGGGCGCGCAAGGAGGGUUACUCUAUUGUGAGGUGCCUACCCGUCACCGGCCGAACGCAUCAGAUACGAGUCCACCUCCAGCACCUAGGGCAUCCCAUCCAGAACGAUCCCAUCUACGCUAACCAAAGGGUAUGGGGCAUCAAUCUCGGCUACAACGAUCCUGAUGCCCUCGAGAACACGGAUGAGGACAUCAUCACGCGCCUUAAUCGUAUGGGCAAAGAAGAGGUCGCCGACGCGGUGGCCUACCACGAUGAGAUGGUAGACGAAUAUUAUAAGCGGAAGGCAGAGAAGAUGUCUGGAGAGCUAUGCGACGUCUGCGAUACGCCUCUAUACACGGAUCCCGGACUGCAGGAACUCACUCUCUGGCUACACAGCCUGCGAUACGAGGACGCGGGAGGUGAUUGGUGCUAUACUAGCCCUCUUCCCGGCUGGGCCCUUCCUCCAUCUGGUAUGUUAGGACCAACGGAAGUCGGUGGUAUGGAGGAGCUAGUGUCAGCGGUAAAAGAUGUCAAUCCUAAGAUUUCGUGA